AUGUGUUCGUCACAUUGCCAUUCGUGUACACAAGCAGAGGUGUGUGAAACAUGCCCUGGAGCACAACUUCUCGUUCACGUAGCGAACUCUCCGCAAAAUGGAAAAUGCGUCGACGCUUGUGGAAUAGGCCAAGUACCCGACUAUGAGACCAACUUGGUGCAAGCACGGUGUGUACUGCGUGAAGAACGAUGUGGAGCGGGCUACUACCUGAACUCUAUAGGGAAAUGCGACCAGUGUGAUCAGUCGUGUACCUUGUGCACAGGUCCAGGAAUAUUGGGUUGCACGACGUGUGCACCGGGUUAUGGAAAUCGCUCUACUAGUUAUUGUAUGCCAUGUUGUGCUGAAGGACAGGUUGCACAAAAUUAUCGAUGCGAAGACUGCUCUCCUAACGCGAAAUACCCUGAUCGUAGCCAACGAGGUUCAGGCCUCUUUUGGUCCUUUUUAUGGGCUGUUCUUAUUGUGGUUCUAUUCUCGUUCGUCGGUUGUAUUGCUUAUUGCCUGUUGAGGGACGACCACAGCCAGAUUGACUACACUCCAUUGCCUCAUUAUAACAGCCAGACUGGAGAAGUUCACAUUUUCGGCUCAGAUUCUGAUGAAGAUGACGAGUUGUAUGAAGCAAAACAUCCAGAAAUUUGA